AUGAAUAUUUUGAAGGCGAAUGUAGUUUGGCUGUGUUGUGUAAUAUUACUUGUAGAAAGUGAUGAUCACGAAUAUGUUAAUGUCACAUAUGGACCCGUUCAUAGACAGUUGUUGGAUUUUAAAAAGGAGAAUCCUCGCCCGAUUGGAUUGUGGACUAAAAAUGCCGGAGAUCCAGUAGACAUUCGUGACACAGUAACAAUUAACUCUGAUCAAUUUGACAACCAGCUGUUUAUAGACACUUUCUCUACUUUUGAUGGUGAAAGAAUACCAGAACGCGUGGUGCAUGCCAGGGGUAUUGGAGCUUUUGGUUACUUCGAAGUGACGCAUGAUGUCUCCAAGCGGAUGGAUGCUUUCCCCAUUCAUACUUAUGAACUUUCAAAUAAGCAUGGGGAGACACAUUAUGUGAGAUUCAACUUUAGAACCGAGCAAGGCAUUGAGACACUUACAAGUGCACAAGCCGCUGCCAUUCAAGCUCAAGACCCGGAAUAUUUUCAUAGAGAUUUAUACAACGCAAUUGAUUCAGGAGAAUAUCCUGCAUGGAAACUAGAGAUGGAUGUGAUGACCGAACACGACAUACAAAAAGUUGACUACGAUCCGUUUGAUGUUACCAGAUUAUGGAAGAAUGGAACAUUCAUCACUGUCCCAAUUGGGCGAUUGGUAUUAAACAAAAAUGUUGAAAAUAAUUUCAAGGAUGUUGAACAAGCAGCAUUUAAUCCUGGUAAUUUGGUACCUGGUAUUACGGGAUCACCGGAAUAUUUGUUUAGUGGUAGACGAAUGUUCUAUAGAGACACACAAAAUCAUCGUUUGGGUAGAAACCACAACAAUAUUUUAGUAAACAUGCCAUUGUACGAGAAGACUUACGUACGUGAUGGGAAACCACCAACGAGACUGAACAUGAAAAAUGCCCCAAAUUAUUUUCCUAAUUCAUUCCAUGGCCCACUCCCAUACGUUGAUGAACAGCGACCGUGGAAGAAGUUAAAAGUGCUGGAAAGUAAUGCCGUUGAUUUGGAACCAGCGUGGUAUUUCUAUAACUUUAUUCUAGAAGAUGAGGCUCACAGACAGAGGUUUAUAAAUAACUUAGGCGCUUCUCUCGUAUUUGUUACACCACCCGUAUUGCAAAGAGUUCUGAAACUGUGGCACUUGAUUGAUAAUGAUUUGGGUAAGCGUGUAAAGGCUGCAUAUGAAACAUUGCUUGCACAAGCGAUGGCCCAGCAGGCAGCAGCCAAAACAGCUUCUGCUACAACGAAACCCAAAAGAAACCUUUUAACUUCAGAGGGACCUCCUAAAAAUGACAAUAUGGGAAGUGUUUACAAACACCCAAUAGGAUUAUGGACCAAAAACGCUGGAGACGCAGUUGACAUACGUGAAACAAUAACAAUUAAUUCGGAUCAAUUUAGCAACCAAUUACUCAUUGAUACCAUUUCGACAUUAGAUGGUGAGAGAAUACCUGAACGUAUAGUUCACGCCAAGGGUACAGGAGCUUUCGGCUAUUUUGAAGUCACGCACGAUGUGUCCAAGUAUACGUAUGCUGAUGUGUUCAAUGGAGUAGGUAAGAAAACGCCGCUUGCAGUAAGGCUUUCAACGUCAUUACAGCCCUUGGGAGGUACUGAUGUUGGCAGAGAACCCAAAGGUAUGGCGGUAAAAUUCUAUACUAAGGAAGGAAACUUGGAUCUUUUAUGUUUAUCGACACCAGUAUUUCAGUUCAGAGAUCCUAUGAUACUUAGAGAUGUAUUACAUGCAUUUAAGGUAAAUCCUCAAAGUAACAUUAGACUGGAUUAUACAGCCGCAGUUGAUUUGUUAACACUUAGGCCUAGUUUGGGCCACAACGCCUUUUGGGUAUUGUCUGAUUUUGGCGUACCGGACGGCUAUCGGAAGAUGGAUGCUUUUCCUAUACAUACAUUCGAAAUCUCAAAUAGAUAUGGAGAGACACAUUAUGUAAGAUUCAACUUCCGUACUGAGCAGGGUAUUGCAAUACUUACUUCUCUUCAAGCAGCCGCCAUUCAAGCUGUAGAUCUCGAUUACUAUAACAGAGAUUUGUACAACGCUAUUGAUUCAGGAAAGUAUCCUUCAUGGAGACUAGAGAUGGACGUAAUGACGAUACAUGAUAUACAAAAAGUUGACUAUGAUCCAUUUGAUGUUACAAGACUGUGGAAGAAUGGCACAUUCCAUACGGUGCCAAUUGGGCGAUUGGUGUUAAACAAAAAUGUUGAAAACUUAUUUAGAGAUGUCGAACAAGCAGCAUAUAAUCCUGCAAAUUUAGUUCCUGGUAUUCCUGGACCAGUGGACUUUUUGUUCCGAGGUAGACGUUCUUUUUAUAGGGACGCACAAAAUUACCGUCUGGGGAGAAACCACAACAAGAUUUUAGUGAACCAGCCAUUGUACGAGAAGAGUUAUGUACGUGAUGGGAGACCACCAACUAAGCUGAACAUGAAGAACACUCCCAACUAUUAUCCUAAUUCAUUCAAUGGGCCAAUGCCAUAUGUGGAUGAGCACAGACCAUGGAAGAAGUUAGAAGUUUUAGAAAAUAAUGCUGUUGAUGUGGAACCAUUGUGGUAUUUUUAUAACUACAUCAUAAAAGACGAGGCUCACAGAUUGAGAUUUAUUUCCAAUAUUGCCAUACCUCUAGCGCAAGUGACACCGCCAGUGGUACAAAGACUUUUAAAGCUUUUGUUUUUAGUUGAUGAGGAUUUGGCGACGCGUGUCAGAGCUGCUUAUGAAGUAGCACUAGUUGCCCAACAAGCAGCUAAUCUAGUUCCUACACCUUCGAUUGAGUACCCUGGAAAUAUUCAGACUGCUGAGGACAAACAUAAACAUAAUACUACAGAAAAUGCUAAGCCAUAA